AUGACCACUCACCGCUGCACACUGUGCCUCCAGUCAAACAUCAUCAAGGACUGCAAUAAUGACCGCAACAUGAGAUCCCACUUGGGCGCUCCUAGCACCCACAACAUGGGCCCCUUGGAGUGCCGGAUCCCUGGCUGUGGUCAUCGCUCUCAGAGACAAGAUCGUAACAUCGAUCACGGCAACCACCAAGCUGUGUGGGGUCAGCCCCAGGCUCUGGUCACGGCCUUGAACAGAGAGGUUCAGGCCUGUCGUCAGGCUUUUCUCGAUGCCGUCGCUCAAGUUGCUCCUCCUGUUGCUGGUAUUCCCCCUGCCGCUCAAGGUCAUUCCAUCGCUGCCCAAGGUCCUUCUGCCCCUGCUCCAAUGGUCCACGACCCCGUUCCUGUGGCCCACACCGCCCCUCAAGAUCCUGCCGCUGCUCAAGUCCCUCCUGCCGCUGCUCAGGUUCAUCCUGCCGCCGCUCAAGACCCUGCGGUGGUCGCUUUCGACCCCGCUCAAUUUCCUCCUCCUACCGACUACUUCGAACAAGCAAUGGACGAAUUCGAAAGACGAUACGCAGGCGUAACCCGCGAGGACAUUGAGAAGCAAUAUGAAGAAGAGCAGGAGCUCUACUACCAGUGA